CACAAAAUGGCGUAUUGCGACGGCACAUGUAUUUUGUGAAAAUUUCCACAUUUGAUUAACUUUUAGACGUCACAGGAAAUAUCUGUUGCAAAUAUGACAUCUGGAUAUCAAGAUUACUACCAGUAUGGCCAGGACUACCAAUACGGGGAGUAUCCAUACAGCACUACAGCAGUGGCACCAUCCGCCUCAGCCACCCAGCCAGCGGCAGCUGCCCCUCAAGCAGUAGCUCCCCCUCCAGUAGUUGCCAGCACCCCAGCGGCUGCCCAGCCCUCCACCCCUCAGACAGCCACCCCUCCUGUGGCUCCUGCCUACGAUCAGUCCGGCUACCAGCAAUACGACCAGAACUACCAGUACUCGCAGAGCACCACAGACUACGGUUCCUGGCAGGCCCCUCCACAGGACUACUCCCAGUACCAGGGUAGUGACCAGUUCGCCAAUACUAACACGAACAGCAACGCGCAGUACACAGGAGCACCGGGGCAGUACGGACAGGAGACGGCCGGGUAUGGCCAGGCAGGAGCUAGCACGCAGUACAGUCAGAGCACGCCUGCAGCACAGUACUCUCAGAACAGUGCCAGUGCCGGUUAUGAGACGUCGAGUGCAGCGGCCACUCCAUAUUCACAGGCCCCAUACAGCCAGCCGGCGAGUACGUCUCAGUAUGCACCAGUUGACAGUCAGUACGGCACAAGCAAUCCUCCUUACGGACAAGACCCGCAGUAUGCCCAGGCGGCGCCGUAUUCCCAGAAGUCGGCCUAUGACCAGACAAGCAGUCAGUAUGGACAGGACCCAAGUCCGUACCAGCCGGCAGCGGACCAGUACCAGCAGUACAGCAAUGGUCAAAGCGCUAGUCUGAGCAGUCAGCCUGUGAGUGGACAGUACAGCCAGCCACCGGCGGCGCAGUACAACCCACCGACUACACCGACGGGACAGUAUGGUCAGGCUCCGCCUCCAGCCGGUGGGUACAGUCAGCCUCCUGUUGGUCAGUACGGCCAGACGUCCACUCCGUAUAGCGGCCAGGCUAGCAGUGUAGCCCCUCCAGCAGCAGGAGCACCACCGUAUUCACAGAGCACCGACCAGUACGCGUCGAGCACCAGUCAGUACGUGCAGCCCACUUCUUACUCUCAGAACACCAGUGGGUACGGGCAAGACAGUCAGUACAGUCAGGGCUCCACUCAGUUUGGACAGAGCACUGCCCCCGUGACUGGAGGUCCAGCGACGGACUACAAGCCUGGCUAUAGUCAAGAAGGUUACAGUGUGGACUCGACCCCUGGGAGCCGGUACGGAGCUGGCACACAGCGAUCGUCGUCCAGCCAGUAUGGUCAGCAGCAGGGAUACAGCCAGAGCUCCCAGUACAGUCACGUGCAGUCGAUGCCCAGCAAAGACAGCAGCUACAGACCCUACAGCAGCAACAACCGGUCUGACUUCCAGCCCACUCAGUCUUCAUCUUCGUCGUCGUAUCGACCAAGUUCUGGACGCGAUUUCAACUCGAGUCAAAGUCAAGAUGAUUCGAGGCAAGACAGCUUUGGCUCCAGAGGUUUUGGAAGUUACAGUCGGUCAUCACGAGGAUUCCGGGGCAGUCAGCGUGGUGGCAGCUCAUCUCAGAGCUUUAGGCAGUCGUCUCCGAAUUCAUCCUCUGACAGGUUCACCAGCAGUCAGGCUGAUCGAGAUUCUAAUGAUCGUGGCGGGGGUAGCUUUCGUCAGGAUUCGUCGAGCUUCAGAGGGCGAGAUUCGCGAGGAAGAGGAAGUUAUCAAAACUUGUCCGAUUCUAGACGCAGUGGGAUGGACAGUAGAGGAAGGGGAGGCUUCCAGAGUGGCUCAGAUUCAAGGGGUGGAGCGAGUUUCCGCGGAGAUAGAGGGGGGUCGAGAGGAGGGUUCAGUAGGGAUUCUCGUGGUGGCUCUGUUAUGCAGGGUAAAUCCGAGUUCGGUCGUGGUGGUAGAGGUGGUAGUUUUGGCCAUGAGUCGAGAGGGGGUAGUAGUUUUGGCCACGAUUCGAGAGGGGGUGGCAGCUUCGGACGUGAUUCACGAGGGGGUGGUAGUUUUGGACAUGAUUCGAGAGUGGGUGGCAGUUUUGGUCAUGAGUCGAGAGGUGGGGGCAGUUUUGGUCACGAGUCGCGAGGUGGCAGUCGCAGCUUUGGCAGUAAUCAGUUUGUUAAUCGAAGUGCUACUGGAGAGUCUAUUAAAGUGCUGGCAAAAUAUGACAAUGAACACCCUAAGAAUGGAUCCAAACCAUCUGGCACUGCAGCCGUUGGCAAGGUAACGACAAGUUCAAGUGUCAAGACGGGACCUGGGGAUGCUAAGCCAGGGGCUAAAGCUGGAGCACCUGGUGCUAGUAAAUCUCUGACCCCGGCUUCGAAACCAGGAACUCUGGCUGGUGGGAAAUCUCAGACACCCGCAUCAAAAUCUGAAACAGGAGCUCCUGGUACUGACAAGUCACCGACGCCAGCAUCUAAACUGGGAACAAAGACAACACCAGCAGCAAAGUCUACCACAUCGACGUCAAAAACGACUGCAGGUAGCACACCUGCGACGGGAACCAAAUCUACAGUUAGUACCACGUCUUCAACAACAACUACGUCUACGACCGCGAGCAGCACUGGUAUUGCCUCGUCGACCAAGGAUGCGAAUAAGAAGGCGGAAGGGCAGCAGGGGGAGAUGUCGGGACCUCUACCGACUCUGCCGCCAGAGAUUCCCAGCGUCGCUCUAGGCUGCUCGGAUGUGCCUGGCAAAACCCCGGAGAAACUGCAGAAGCUGUGUGACAUGUUGGAGCCUCUGUUCUGCAAGCUGUGCGGCAUGCACCUGAAGAUCCGCUCGCAGGCUGACCAGCACUACCUGGGCAAGAACCACGCCAAGAAGGUGCGGCUCUUCUUCGCAGUCAGGUCGGGGAGCAGUGACGAUGAGGCCGACAAGACGGAAGGGGACGAGAAAAAAAUAGAGUCUGCGGAUAUGAAGGAGGUGAGUCCCGAGGUGUACUGUAAAGUGUGCGACGUCUCCUUCACGUCCGUCCGCCAGUCCAUCCAGCACUACGGUGGAAAGAACCACCAGAAGAAAGCCAAGACGAGUUCCGGUGAUUUACCUGCAGUUCCGACAACGGCCACUGCAACGCCCGCCACUGAGGAGGCCUCUGGCGAUGCCAAGCCGGCUGUGUUUGAGUGUGAGCUGUGUUGUGUGCAGGUCACCUCCCAGGAACAGCUGAACAUGCACCUGAACGGCGUCAAGCACAAGACAAAGGUCCGCAACCAGGAGCGCAUGGAGAAGCAGGAACAGCGCCUACAGGAGCAGGUGUUCCGCGGGCGGGGGAGGGGCCGCGGUUUCAGGGAUGGACGCGGGGGGAGGGGAGGCUUCCGGGAGCGAGACAACUUCCACGAUAACUUCAUGGCCGAACCCUUCAUGCGAGACAACUUCCCAGGCGAUUUCCGCGGGGACUUCCAUGGUGGACGAGGAGGUAGAGGAUUGAAGAGACAGUUUGGUCGUGGUAUUGGCGGUAUUCCCCCCUUCAUGAUGGGUGGUGGGCCACCCUCUCUCAUGGGUGAUGACUUCUUCGCACCCAGUUUCAACAAACGCCCAAGGCGAGGUUUUUUCCACUAAGUUGUGUGCUUAGUUUGCCAACACAGCCAAGAAGCCAUCUUGUUUGCCGUAGUUCCAGCAGUUCGCAGAACAAGAGGACCAGCCUGCUAGGUGUUUGUUGACAAUUUACUGUCAUUGUGUGUGUGGAUGGGAAGGCUUUUUAAUAGAAUUUCAUUUUCAUUUUCCAUUGUUUUUAUCAAAGCAUUAAUCAUGUUCUAAGGACUAUUUGAGAAAUAUCACGUGGAAGGAGUUAAAAAGACAGUUUUGUUUCUGCAUUCAUCAUCCACAGAGAAAAAUGUAGCAGGUAUAUAAAAGGCUGUGGUAUGUGUUAUCCUGUCUAUGGGGUGGUGAAUAUAAAAGAUCCCUUGCUACUAAUGGAAAAAUGUAGCGGGUUUCCAUUCUAAGACUAUAUG